GGCAAAGCGCUGGCCGAGGGGCUGGCGGCGCCGCCGCGCAGAGACGCCCUCAGGAAGAGGAGACUACUGAUAGGUUGUGGAUCUCUUAACUCCUUGAUGAUGAAAAUCAGGACUUUCAAGGCAUGUGGCUUCCUGUGGUAUUCUGAUGAGCAGAAUUCCUCCAUUGCGAGCAUCUGUAAUGAACCAUAAUGUCCCAAGAAGAACUUUCUUCAAUAUUGCUGCACCACUAGUAAACAAAAGAAAAGAAUAUUCUGAGAGAAGAAUUAUAGGGUAUUCCAUGCAGGAAAUGUACGAAGUUGUUGCUGGUGUGGAGGACUACAAACAGUUUGUUCCUUGGUGUAAAAAGUCAAACAUAUUAUCCAAACGUUCUGGAUACUGUAAAGCCCAUCUAGAAAUAGGCUUUCCUCCACUGGUAGAAAGAUAUACAUCAGUUAUCACUCUAGUGAAACCUCACCUGGUUAAGGCAUCCUGUACAGAUGGGAAAUUAUUUAAUCACUUGGAAACAGUAUGGCGUUUCAGCCCUGGAAUCCCUGGUUACCCAAGAACAUGCAUAUUGGAUUUUUCAAUUUCCUUUGAAUUUCGGUCACUCCUACACUCACAGCUUGUUACACUGUUUUUUGAUGAAGUGGUUAAGAAGAUGGUAGCUGCCUUUGAAAAAAGAUCAUCCAAACUCCAUGGUCCAGAAACCAGUAUACCUCAAGAGUUUAUGCUUCAUGAAGUUCACCACACAUAAAAAGAACUACUAGCCCGUCUAUCUUUAUUGUAAACUAGUUUUGUAAACUUUAUUUAUAAGAGAGGUGCUUUUCUCCUUUUGUGGGCAUCUGUCAGCUUAGUGUAUCAUAUUACUGUACAAAACAUGCACAUAUGCAUCCUGAUGUAAAUAGAAUAUUCAAGCUUCAAUCAAGUGCAAUUUAAGGUGUUAAGUGUAAAAACUGAAGGGCAGCUAGUAUAACCUAGCCAACCAUAAUAGCCUUCCUUUUUCUGCCAAGCAGUUUCAUUGUACAGAUCAUAACAAAACUUCGCUUUCUCUAAACUUUUUUUGCGGUGCUUGUUAAUAUAUUAUUCAAAUUUAAGUUAUUAGUAGUUAAAGCCUGUACAUUUGUAACAAUGUAUUGGUAUCAACCUGAACAAAGUCUGGCAAUGUUAAAGGAUAGUUCUCUUAAGAGAGAUCUUGCUCCUUUACUGUCAGUAAGGAAUGCACUAUUACCUUUUUUCAAUAUUUUAACUGACAGUGCUCUAGUGGGAAAGGGAGGUUGAGUCAUAGUUACUAAUGCAGUUGUAUAUACUGACUACUUAUCUGCAGGGCAGUAAGCCAUCAGCAUUGAUCAGAAGUAAAACUGGUAAGCAAACUCCUUUAAAUAUAAUGGCAAGUCUAAAAGGCACAAUUACAAGGGGAAUUUUAAAUGUAGCACUUAUAGCCACACUCAGCCUAAACUUUUAUCAAACCAUCUCAAGUAGGAAAAGAAGUGAAGGCCAUGCUGCUUAAGUGCUGUGCACCUGGCAGCUGGAGUUUGAAUGCUGUAUGCUGUCCAAAUCCUCUACUCCUACCUUCCAGCUGUAGUUAGAUAUGGGAUGCCCUAACAUUUGGUUGGCUAACUAUGCAUUCAAACAACAAAAUCUGUUUUUCAGUAAACUCUGCUAAACAGAGUGUACUGGCACAUUAGAACAUCAGUGAGGGGUAAACACCAUUUAAUAUUUAGAAAGGACACUUAAGAGUCUCAGCUGGGAAACACUGAUUAGGGUUGGUAAAUGUUUCUUCUCUGAAGUGGGAGAGACUUGAAAUGGAUUCUUCAGAUGUAACAGGAGAGCAAUUAGGUUUGCAAGCUUUUAAUCAACUGAAAAAGCUAUAUCCCUUUUACUUGUUACAGUAAGUUGCCAGAUUUAUACUGAAAGCUUGUUUACAUUAAGGCAGGUGGUAUUUUAAAGCACAGUGGCAUUUACUGUGUGGAUACAAUUAACCAAAGUGUAUUUAAAGCCCAAUGGGACUAGGGAAUAAAAAGAAAUCCCUUUUUGGGCAAAGUAGUAAAGGGAGCAAGAGGAGGGAAGAUCACUGUUGCUAUGUUAAGAUUCUUCCAAAAAUACCAGCUAAAAAACAUCUGCACUUGAAAUGUUCUAAUUGUUUUUGGUGACACAAAACUGUUGGUCUCCAAGGUACUCAUUUACUCAGCACUGGAAGAAGCAGAUCUUGGAAAAGAAAUUUCUUUUCUUAAAAGGAAACUCAGGAAGCAUAUCCUUUUCACAUCAAGUGUUCGUGAAGAUUUUUCCCCUACUGCUGCUAAAAGAAUCUAUCUUGUCUCCAUGUAUGAAACCAAGUAAAUAUUCCAGGAGUAGAGUAAAAGUUAAUAUACAUAACUUACUUCUCCAUUAGCACUUGAGUACAUUUUUAAAAGUGAUGCUAGCUGAGCCUGGAUGCAUUUCCUGCCAAAGUCUUAUAGGACUACGGCUAGCCCUAAGAAUAAGAUGCUUCUUAUUAGUGAGGGGAAGAUUGUUUUGUAAAACAUAGCUACCCCAAGUGUUCCAAGCACUGCUGUCAGAGUUCUCUGUUCAUUAAGUCAUGUUAACUACUAUUUGUGUACAGGUGAAUAAGGUGAUACAUUUCAUAACUUUGAACAAUCUAUUUUAUUAGAUAAAGGUUGUCACAUAAUUGUAUAUUGGUCUACUUUGUACACUUUAAGUCUUCCACACCAUGGCUUUUGAGUUUUCUCCAGUAGUGGCAAGCACCAGUAAAUUCCAAAACAGAA